UGGUUUGCGCCGUCGAAGGCUUCAGACGUGUGCGUAAUAAAUAACUCGGGAGUAAAAUAAAUUAAAUUUUUUGUAGUGUUUUUUUUACGGGUGGAAAAAAUAGUGAGAGGAUUUUUUUUGUUGUGGACUGUAUUUUUUUUUCGGUGCUGGAAAAAUAGGGGCAAUGGCGGCCGAAACGCUAACUGAAAAUCAGCUGUUUGAAGCGAAGCAAGGAGGUGACAUCACCUACAUGGACAUGAUUGAAGAGACCCAGCCUUUGGGAGACUCUCAGAUACAGAAACUCUUCGCUGGGUCCGCCGUCCUCCUGACAGGUGGCACCGGCUUCCUUGGAAAGCUAGUCGUGGAAAAAUUGUUAAGAUCCUGUCCAGACUUAAAGAAGAUCUUUCUUCUAGCAAGACCGAAGAAGAACAAAACCAUCACUAAAAGACUGCAAGAACAAUUUGAUGACGUGCUGUACGACAGACUCCGCAAAGAAUGUCCAGACUUCAUCAACAAGAUCAGCAUAGUCGAAGGUGAUGUAGGGCAGCUAGACCUUGGAAUGUGCCCUGAAGACAGAAUCAAGAUAAUGAAUGAGGUGGAAGUCAUCUUCCAUGGAGCAGCGACAGUGAGGUUUGAUGAACCUUUGAAGACGGCAGUGGAGAUCAAUGUUCGAGGGACGAGGGAGAUGCUCAAGCUGGCCAGGGGAUGCAGCAAGCUGAAGGCCUUUGUUCAUAUUUCUACUGCUUAUAGCCUGUUGGGAGAUUUCCCCAACACGUAUGCUUACACUAAGGCGGUAGCUGAGAAUAUCGUCAAAGAGUACUCCAAGGGUCUACCAGUUGCGCUAUUCAGACCUUCAAUUGUUAUCGGAACAUCUAAGGAACCUGUGUCAGGAUGGAUCGACAACGUUUAUGGACCUACCGGUGUGGUAGUAGGAGCAGCUGUAGGUCUCCUCCACGUGUUGAACUGCAAUCCCAAGGUCAAAGCAGAUCUGGUGCCAGGAGACAUGGUGGUCAACGCCUGCAUAGCCACAGCCUGGAAGACGGCGAAGGAAUAUCCCAGUAACCAUGAGGAUGCUCCUCCUCCAGACUUGACCCCUCCUGUCUACAACUACGUGUCUUCUGAACAGAGGCCGUUGACUUGGGAGAAAUUCAUGAACUAUAACGAAGUCUACGGUUUCCAAGUGCCGACCGUCCAAGCGAUAUACUACUACCUAUUUCACCUGACUUCGUCCAAGUUUCUGUACAAUUUGUACUGCUUCUUGUUACAUUGGAUCCCUGCUUAUAUCAUUGAUGGAAUCGCUGUCAUUAUUGGAAAGAAGCCUAUUUUAAGAAAAGCAUACAAGAAGAUAACGAAAUUCUCCGAAGUGAUGGCUUAUUUCGCGACUCGCGAGUGGAAGUUCGACAACUCGAACACUCAACAGCUCUUCAAAGAGUUAUGUGAUGCCGACAAAUACCUGUUUGACUUUGACAUGAGUGCCUUGCAGUGGAACGAGUAUUUUUACAAUUACAUCCGAGGAGUCAGGGUGUAUUUACUGAAGGAUCCCGUCGACACGGUGCCAGAAGGUCUUAAAAAACACCACAGGCUUAAAUUUCUACAUUACACUUUCUGUGGAAUCUUAGGAUUGUUAUUCUUUAGGUUAUUAUGGGCUAUGAUUAGCGGUAUUCUUAGUUUUUAAUGAAUAUGGUAUAUACCUAAGUAUUUAUAACAAUAUGUAUGUUAUAAGUAAUUAAAUACCAAACAAUUUGUAAUAAACGACAAAGUUUUGUUUAAGACUUCUAAAACAAAACUUUCUUGAUAAAUAUAGUUCGAAUUCAAUUUUUGCUUUGGCUAGGUGGCGCUGGUAUCGUUUUUAAGUACAUUUUGAUGUAAAUGAAAUACGUAUUUGUAGACUAUUUGGUUUCUGAAUGACGUGAUAUUUUCAUGAUUCAUAGUGAUGAAUGAUAAAAACUCUUUUUUAAAUUUUGUUAUGAUAGCAAAUAGACGGUAGAAUUUUGUUUUGUCGAUGUACGAUCUGAUUUUUUACCAAAUUUAUCCAAAGGUAUCUUUGAUCUAAAAAGAGUUGACAAUACAUAAAAGACUUGCACUCACAAAACGAUGCUAGCGCCACCUUCACAAAAAAACUCAUUAUACAAAUUAAUUUAUCAAUAAAAAAAGUCUUACACUUAUAUACGUAUAAUAAUUUCUAUAUUUUAUUUAGGAAAUGAAACUGUAUCACAAAUUAGGUAUGUUAGUUAAGUCUAGAUUUUAAGCAUAUUUUUGGGUCUGGCUAAAAAUAUGACAGGUACUAAGUACCUACAUAAUUUUGCAUAGCGUCUUCAACUCAGGAAUUAAAAAUAUAUAACGGUUUUCGAUUACUUUUACCUUUUACUAGAUGUCGCUAGUGUCGCAUUUGAAGAAAGCAUGCACUAUAGAAAUAACAAAUACUUGCAUCUUACUUAGGAACAAUGAACACUGUCUACAAAGCGCCAUUUGAAGGUUGCAUACAUUCUUUAAAUAACGCGUCGUGGACAAUAGGCCAAGGACGAUGAAAAAAAAAGACGGACAUAGUAUCUUAGAACAACGACUGUGGCACCUGGCUACUAUUGGCUAUGUGCACGACGGUGGCGACGCGUAGCGUUUUCAACAUUUAC